AUGUCAACCACCAACACGAGCGACCUAGUCCAACGUCUCGCCGACGAAUCCAACAUUCGCGAUCUCGUCGCCCGUUUCGCCAACGCAUGCAGCCCGCCGGACAUGGCUGCGUUCGCGAAACUCUGGGUCCCAGACUCCGAUACCGAGAGCGAGAGCGCGAGGGCCGUCUGGACACUCAGCGAACCGUUCGCCAUGUCCGAGACUGGCGUGUCAUCGAUCGUCGCCAUGAUGGGAAGGCUGUUGGAACAGUGGGAUUUCUUUGUGCAGCUCGUUCACUCCGGCGUGAUCGAGAUCGACGAGACCCACGGGGCAACCAGCACCAGGGCGACCGGCCGUUGGAUCCUGCGCGAGGUUGCCAAGGGCGCAAGCAACAGCGAAGCGUAUUACAACAACUUCGCCGUCUACGAAGAUCAGUACGUCAAGGUGGAUGGGAAGUGGUACUUUACCCGCCGCGACUAUAAGUACAUGUUUCUUGACUCCGGACCGUUUGGGGGAGACGCGUGCCCGCCUAUCAAGGGGUGGUAUGGUGGGAGAUGA